AGUUUAUCAAAUCUAAGCUUUCCCUCAGCAAAUUUUUCCGUAUGAUUUGGGUUUUUUUUUUAAAAGAGACAUACACAGUAUUAUACCUAUGUUAAAAGUGGUCAACGAGGAAGUAUCUUAAAACCCGGAAUUUAGACGGUUCCGAGCGGCCUAGCCAUUGACGGAAUGUCCGGUCGAGAUGUCCAACUUAACCAGCCUGCCAUUUUCUAUGACGUCAGAACUGAGUGUCACGGAAUCAACCACUCAGUUAUCUCUUGGCGUCAUUCAUGCCGUGUAUCCACCAAUCCUGAUUCUGGUUGGAGUCACGUGCAACGUUUUCAUCAUUUUGGUCAUGCGCACUAAACAGUUUUGCAGACAGUCUACAGCGGUGUUCAUGACAACUGGCGCUGUGAAUGACGCCUUAAGUCUGUUGAUUUCCAUGACAACACACUGGCUUCAUGUUAGUUUUGACGGAAUCUAUUAUCAAAACGAGGUUAAAGACAUAUGUCGGUUUCUUGACUUCUACGGAUGGGGGAAUUGCGACUAUGGAAUUUUGAUUACAAGCACAAUGACUGUUGACCGAGCGCUAGCAAUGACAUUUCCCUUAAAGGUCAAAACAAAGUCAGUGAAGCGAGCAAGGGUCACCGUUGUAAUCCUUCUGCUGAUUGUGGUGGCCAAGGAGUUUCAUUUUCUAAUUGGAUCUCAUAUGGUUCCAGAAUCAAGAAAAGAGCGCCUCUGUGAUGUUUAUCCACAAACAGAUUCAUACAAAUUUUUCUGGAAAGAGGUGUGGCCAUGGCUUCACCUUGCCUAUUUGUCUCUCUGUUUCAUUACUAUUAUAUGCAGUAAUAUAGUUCUUGUCAUUCAAAUAAUCAAAUCAUCAAAGUUUGAAGAAAGCAUCAGAAAAGAUUCAAAUUCAUUCGACCACUCCAAAGGAAAGGACCACAAUAAAACUAGUUAUGUGAAAAGAACGAGAAAACAACUCCAUACCAUCGCCCCAAUGUUGAUAGGAGAAUCCAUUUUGAUGCUGAUUUUAACGUUUCCUUUCUCCGUGCAGCUGUCUGUGUCCGAGUACAAUCCGGAAUUUUACCGCGCGCCGGGAAUGGCUCUGUUGUUCUCGGUGACUUUCUACAUGUUGUACACCAACAAGUGCGUCACGUUCUUUGUGUAUCUAGUGACCGGCAGCAAAUUCAGGGAGUCCCUCAAACAAGUGUUCUGGAGGUGUCUCAAAGGGAAGGGUGGGGUGCGGAGAAACAGGUUCAACACCUUUUCUCAGUGGUAUAAGAAGAGACAGGGUGGCUACUCAAGACAGGGCGAGAAGGACCCCGCGGGAAGCCCGUGGACCACGGAGAGCGGUUCCAAGGAUCCCGAGACCCCCAACCGUCGCUUACACCACGGCAACUUCGUGUCCACGCAUCUCUGACUGGCCACGUCCUGUUGUUGUACACCCACUAUUACUUUUUUGCGGUGCCAUAAAUGGAUGCACACGUUCUGUUUGUUUUAUGAAAACAACAAAUGUAUAGAUUUGUUAAAUUCAUACGAGCUGUGCUUUGUUAAACUUAUUAAAGAAAGUAUGUUUAUUGUUUUGA